CGGAGUCCUUCCUUUCGACCACCUCGAGUCGUGAGUCGAGAGACCCUUGGGGGAAGUUUCUCCUCGUCAGUUUACUCUCCCUCACGAACCACGAGUUCAUCGGAGUGCACUCGGAUUUUGGGCUAAGGAGAUCCAGUCGUCCCCCGGUCCAGCAGUUUCUGGCACCCAUUGCAGCUGGUAACUCUCUCAGUCGAAGUCACACGUUCGCAUAUUGAGCUAAGUGUGGCUGCAUCUCUGGGCUUCUCGAAGUUACCGUACACUGCCGUCGCUUAUUGUCGUCUUCGCGUUCGUAAUCGUGGCAUCAUAGAUUUGAUUUUUUCAAGAUGGUCGGCAAUAGUUUCGGCGGCCAUGAUGUUCCGGGAAACGAUCUCUCAGUCGCAGCUGCUGCCACGUCUGCUGUAGCCUCCCUCUUCUCCGUCGCCUGUGACGUCGCGCAUCGCUUGCAAGCGAACGACUCUCACGCGUGCGACAGACUGAACGACGGUUCCGUGGACCACACCGCUGGAUCCUCAGAACUAAACGCCACGCCAUACGAUUGUAACGCGUCGCCUUAUAACGCGAAUGUGAAUCAAUCUCCUAUGGAAAUCAGUCCGGUAGCGGGAUCCGGAUACGGAAACGUGUGUCUCCAAAUGGGGCUCGGUGUCGGGGGAGCAAGCGCGAACUUCUAUCAGCGGGUCGGGUCCGGAGUAGGCCGGCUCGUCGCAUCGGCUGUAGCGGCGUCGACUCGCGUAGCCGGCCCGCUCGUAACGUCGCAAAUCGCCCACCGCGUCGUCUGGCUACAGCCGGCGAAAGGCUUGCUGCAGCCGGGAGCUGUCGCUCCGACAUCAGCAGUCGCCGGCCCAGGCGUUGCUGCGCUGCCAGUUCACGUCUCACGGCUGCCGAUCGCCGUGCGACUGUCUGCGAUCGGCGGAGUUCUGUCGCUGAGCGCUGCAGCGUUGGGGGCCCUGGGGUGGGCGCGAAUGUGUUUGGCGGAGGACGAGCGCGUUGGAGCGCGGGGGGAAGAGCGGGGGGACGCCGGCUUGGGGGAGAAUCCGGCGCAAUUUGAAGACGCGGGGGAGGAUGCGGGGGAGGAUGCGGUGGUCGCGGUGGUUUCGCGAGUGGCUUCAGUGGCGGAAGGGCGGAAGCGACCUCGUGAGGCGGAAGAUAGCAGCCUGUCGCAUGCAUGCUUAAUGUUGGCGCCCGAGGGAGCGAAGCGCGGCAUGCUGGUGGAACCGAAGACAAAGCAUUCCUUUCCGGUCAUGCUCAGACAAGACGGGCACGGCGCAGGGCUGCUGGCAGGAGUGGGCAUCAGAGACACUGUCAUUGCAAGGAUCAAGUCCAUCAAGAUCUACGCCUUUGGAGUCUACGUGAGUCCGUCGAGCCUGGGGGGGGACGGGCAUCUCAAGGCCAAGUAUGGCGCCAUGCCUCUGGACGAGCUGAGAGUCAGCCAGGAGUUUUACAACGACCUGCUCAGCCGCGAGAUCCCCAUGACGGUGCGCCUGGUGCUGCACUACAGGGGGCUCAACAUGAAGAUGGUCAGGAAUGCUCUCAACACGUCUCUCUCCAAUCGCCUCACUAAGCUAUUGGGGCAUGCAGACGAUCCGGGCUUUCACACCCUCAACGAGUAUCUGUCGCAGCCUCACAGCGUCAAAAGGGGCACCACCAUUGACUUCACCUGGCAGCCGGGAGGCCGACUCCUCACCGAGAUUGACGGCCGGCGCAUGGACCCCAUUGUCAGCGCUCCCCUUUGCCGAGCAUUCUUCGAUUUAUACAUUGGCAACCCACCUGUAUGUGAGAAGGCGAAACAGAGGAUUGGUGAGGGCAUUGGACGGAUGAUUGCAGCGUGCUAAUAUGGCUCCAUCAUGUUGGGCUGACAAAAGCCCUAGGAUCUUUUCAGAAUGCGAAGUCCUUGUAACAGAGUGCUUGAUAGCACAGCGGAAGUCUUGAGUUGAACCCUUGUACUGGUAUAUGAGAACAAGUGAUAGAUUAUAGCAAAGGGAUACAAGGUUUACAUGAUAAUACAAGAGAAUAUGAAGAGUCUAAUUGUUAUGCA